AUGCCGCCAAAGACGAUGAACUCAGGCCAAGCAGCCAUAGAGCCGAUUCCGUUACGAUCCUUGAUCGUCCUUCUCAAGCAUGAAAUGAAUACUUUCGAUCCCAAAUGGUCGACAACUCGUUUGAAAGAUACGACCUUUCUUCAAGAUUCUGAGGUUCGGGAGAAACGCUCUCGACUUAUGGAAACCUUGACCCAAAAUCCUGCUGCCCCAAAGACAGAAAUGCACAUGCUUCAUCAAGAUACCCGGAUUCCUCCAACGCCUGGAAGCAUCACAUCUGGUGCCUCCGAAGAAUUCUUCCAACCCAACUCUAAUGCCUAUUACGCAGAAGAAAUUCUCGGAAAGCGCAGCGAGGAAAUCUUUCAGAUUACGCGGAAUAAUGGCCGUUGUUAUACUGCAGCUCAAGUAUUCAAAGAAUUCCUUGCCCUCUGUCCAAAGGAUCAGAAGCUCUCGUUUCGACUUGAUGGAGAAGACGAGCUCGUGGAAGUUGCCAUUGGCUCAUGCGAAGUGGAGGAGUACAGAGUAUAUGGUUCCAAGUCAAAGAUUUAUAUAGCACUUUACAGAAACGAUCACCGAACCCCCAAGUUAUAUCGAGCAGAACCCGAUGGAACAUCCAAUCACGUCAUUAUCAGAAUAUCUCACCUACGCCAAAGCACUCCAGUUGUUGUUGAUAUGACAUCUAUGCAGUACGGGAACGAUGCUGGCCGCGGAACACACGGAGAGCCUUACAUCCUGAGCACUUACUCACAAUGGGAGGAGCGGAUGCUGAAAUUUCAUGACAGGCUGGAGCGCAUUUUCAGAGGAAAUCUCCUGUCCCAGAAAGUUCCAAAUCAUACUGAUGGUGUGCGCAUAGAUCUGCUUUGGGGAUGGGCAGGUAGCGCUUUGAACAAAUGGCGCAGAAAGAAUUUCUCUCCUUGGUGCGCUUAUUGCGGUCUUGGGGCGGCGGAUACCCUCGGUGGAAAAGACAAGAUGUUAUACUGCUGUAAAGGUGAUUAUUACUGUUGCAAGGAACAUAAAGAAUUUCAUUUGGGGCUACAUCAGCAAGAGUGUGAGAGUCUGGAAACUGAAGGGAGGAGCAACGAAUGAAGUUUUCAGUAUACUGGGAAACGUCGAUUCACUGGUUUCAGUUGCGAAAGUGAGAUCUGACUUGACAGCCAACUCCACAUGCGCAGUUUCAAAGCCUGAGUAA